ACUACCUAAAGUCACACAGACGCAGAACAGCACAGGGAGACGACACAGCUACAAACGUACAUUAGAGUUGAAGUAAGAAGUAGAAGUUACUGUAUUUGACCACAAGUGUGUUAAGAUGUCAAAGGGAGUCUAUGAAAUCCCAGAUAGAUUUGAAGACGAUGAGCCUUAUGCAAUGAAGAACACAGACAUCGAUGGCCAAAUAUAUUCCAAUGUAAGAGCCUUCAAGCCCAGUACAAGAGAUGGAGUUGUUGCUUCAGAGCCUGAUAGCUCAGGGAAGAGACCCUUCCUAGUUGCCGCAGUGUGUCUGGGGCUGCUGUGUGUUCUCCUACUGGCUGGGAUCAUAGGCCUGUCUGUCUACUAUAACAGAGUCAUCAAAGAUUCUGAGGAUAAAAGGAACAACUUGUCACAGAGUUGUUCCCUUUAUAAGACUAACGCAACUGCAGAGAGAGACCAGCUACAGAUCAGAUACAACAACCUGACUGAAGAGAGAGACCAGCUACAGACCAGAUACAACAACCUGACUGAAGAGAGAGACCAGCUACAGACCAGAUACAACAACCUGACUGAAGAGAAAGGUCAUAUUCAGGCAAAGCUUUUUGUGAUGGGGCAGUAUUGUCAGGAGGGAUGGAGAUACUUUGACUCUAGUUUGUACUUCCUCUCUACUGAGAAGAAAACCUGGGAGGAGAGCAGACAGGACUGUCUGGAGAGAGGAGCAGACCUGGUGAUCAUAAACAGCAGAGAGGAACAGACAUUUGUCUUCAACCUCCACCUGAGAGCCUGGAUUGGUCUGACUGACUCUGUCACUGAGGGGACCUGGAAGUGGGUGGACGGCACAUCACUGACCACAGGGUACUGGAGCGCAGGACAGCCUGAUGAUAGAGGGCAGGAGGACUGUGCUGAAAUAUACUUUAGUAAAGAUGACCCUGUAACAACAUGGAAUGAUGACAAAUGUGGCACAAAUCAUAACUGGAUCUGUGAGAAUGUGGUGUAAAAUAACCUACAGUAACAAACA